AGUCUUGUUGUUUUGAACCAUCCAAAGACGAAAGAUGACUACUACCAAAUACUUCCUAGUGUUGCUCCUUGGAGUGGUGCUUCUAAGCACUGCCUCACUUGCUGACCACCAUGAAUCUCCCAAACAUGAGCACAAACCUCCUAAGGGAGAAAAGCCACCCCCAAAACACAAGCCACCAACCUCACUCAAUAAGGAAGAGAAGCCAUUGCCAGAACACAAACCAACAACCCCAGGUAAGGGAGAGAAGCCACCACCACAUGAUCAUCACCCUGGACACCUUCUAUUGGAGUCUACUUCCAUUGACGGCAAACCUCCUCCAAAGGGAGAAAAGCCACCACCAAAACACAAGCCACCAACCCCACAUGACAAGGAAGAGAAACCACUCCCAGAACACAAGCCACCAAAGGGUAAAGGAGAGAAGCCACCACCAGAGCACAAGCCACCCCACAAACCCCCAACUGCCAACUAAAUGCAUUGCUAAAUCUUUAGAAAUAAGAGCUACUGCUUACGUUAGCUAUCUUCUCAGUCAUUGUAUUGAGCUAUGUUCAUGUUAUGUACUCUACACGUUUUAGUUUUUGUUCUAAUUUGCUCUGUUGCUUAUGAGUAUUGACAUGCAGUUAUGCUUCCUGGUA